AUGGCGACUUUAUUGGGUAUACAAUUAAUUAUUACAAUGAUCGCCAUUAAUCUAAUACAUCGUCUUAGUCAUAUCUAUUCAUUUGCUCGAUGGACACUAUGUUCCACAGGACUUGUUCGUUACUUACACCCUACAGAUAAAGAGCUUAGACUGUUAUCAGGGCUAAAGAAAAAAGAUUCAAAAUUAAGUAAACGACCUAUACAUGCUCAAAAUGAUAAUAUUGAUAUAUUUCAGAUACCCAAAAGUUUAGACAUUGAAUUAGAGAGUCAACCCAUUCAAGAACAUGAAAUAUAUCAGCUUAGAUAUUUUAUGGAAUAUCAAUGGCUAGUAAAUUUCUCUUUAUAUGCAGCUUUAGUAUAUUUAAGUACUGAAAUAUACUCUUACUAUUCACCAAUCGAUAAUGAAAUUAAUCUUAGUAUGCUAUGGUGUUCAAUCGUCAUUGUUUUCGCAUUCAAAAUUCUUAUGUCUCUGACUUUAGAAUAUUUUCGUGGUGGUUUUGAAUCAUCGGGUGAACGAUCAACUGUAAUAGUUGCAGCUUGUGUUCAUUUAGUGAUUGCUAUGAUUAUUUUAGUCAUAGACGAGUCCAAACUUGAUGUUCGGUUGGAUACUGCGUACAGAAGCUUUAAUGAAACUUCAACAGCAUUUUUAAACAACCAUGGCUUAUCUUCACAGGGACCUGCAUCAAAGUUGAUAGUAAAAUUUUUCCUAGCUUUAUGGUGUGCAGUUACAGGGGCUAUGUUUGUAUUUCCAGGAAUACGAACGGCUAAAAUGCACUGGGAUUGUCUUAGAUAUUAUGAAUGCAAUGAGGUGCAUGGCAAAUAUUUUUCAUAUAGUUCAACUUUCAUCAAAGGCUUUAUGAAUUUUAGUUUAAUAACUCAUUUUUUGCUUGUUCUACUUUGGGUAAAACCAAUAGCAGUGGAUUUAUUGACUGCAAAAAAUCUAUCCGGAUUAAAUAAACCAUUGAUGACAUUAGAACAAUUUGAGAGCUUAAGAUGUUGGAUGGUAGUAUUAGUGGUAUUUCAAAGAUUAUAUUUGAUGCCUACUUUUAUGCAAGCUUAUCUUAAUAUGGCUCAUGAGCGUUUGGAACAACAAAAAAAAGAAGCAGGAAGAAUUACCAAUAAAGAUUUACAAAAACAAGUUUCUGUGAUUUUUUACUACACGUGUGUUGUGGUACUACAAUAUGUCAUACCGCUCGUAAUGAUGUUGUUCUUUAUAUUCUUUUAUAAAACAUUAGGCAAUUUCAGUUGGGUUGAAGUUAUUGUGAACUCUUCUCCAACAAUAGAUGAUAGUAAUCAACAUUCAUUACUUGAAACUAACCAGGCAUAUUUUUCUAUUCAGUCAUUAAAACAAGUAUUAACAGCAGAUGUUUACCGAGGAAUAUUUGGCUUUGCUACGUGGUGGAUAUGUUUUUCAUGGUUUCUAUCUUUAUCUGUUGGCAUAUUCUAUCAAUCUUACUUAUCACCUAAGUAA